CAAGAAAAAAGUAAUAUGAAUUUUAAAAAAUUGGCAAAAAUUGCUGACUGCUUCACUCCUGGAACCUUCACUAACCAGAUCCAGGCAGCCUUCUGGGAGCCACGGCUUGUGGUUACUGACCCCAGGGCUGACCACCAGCCUCUCACGGAGGCAUCUUAUGUUAACCUACUUACCAUUGCUCUGUGUAACACAGAUUCUCCUCUGCGCUAUGUGGACAUUGCCAUCCCAUGCAACAACAAGGGAGCUCACUCAGUGGGUUUGAUGUGGUGGAUGCUGGCUCAGGAAGUUCUGUGCAUGCGUGGCGCCAUUUCCCGUGAACACCCUUGGGAGGUCAUGCCUGAUCUCUACUUCUACAGAGAUCCUGAAGAGAUUGAAAAAGAAGAGCAGGCUGCUGCUGAAAAGGCAGUGACCAAGGAGGAAUUUCAGGGUGAAUGGACUGCUCCAGCUCCUGAGUUCACUGCUACUCAGCCUGAGCCUGCCACGGAAGCCUGGUCUGCAGCUCCAACUACUCAGGCCACUGAAUGGAUGACAUGAUGGUAUGUACAGAAA